GUCCCGCCAGAGAGCGGGAGCGCGCGCUGCCACCGCCGCCGCACUUCCUCAAUCAGAGGGUAGGAGGGAAAAAAGGAGGCGAAGACAAACAAGAACAAGUUGACGGUACUCCAAACAACAACAAGCAGGUGAGUCCUGGUACUUGUCACCAUGCCUCCUUUCUUGAGGAUCGCCUUCAACGCCUUUGAGCUGGGCGUCCUGGCCCCCCUGCCCGAUCCCCCUUUCUGUGCGAUCAAGAUGAAGGAGGCCUUGACCACUGAACGAGGCAAGACCCUUGUCCAGCGGAAGCCCACCAUGUAUCCCGCCUGGAAGGCCAGUUUUGACGCGCACAUCUACGAGGGCCGUGUGCUGGAAGUACUGCUGAUGAAGACGGCGGAGGAGCCCCUGGCCGAGGUCACGGUUGGCGUGUCUGUGCUUGCCGAGCGCUGCAAGAAAGCCAACGGCCGCGCUGAAUUCUGGGUGGAUCUCCAUCCUUCUGGUAAGGUGAUGAUGGCAGUGCAGUACUUUUUGGAAGGAGCGGAUUCAGAGAGUAAGCAGGCAGCCAAAGAAGAAGAGGCCCCGACCCUAAAUCGCAGACGAGGUGCCAUCAAGCAAGCCAAGAUCCACUUUAUCAAGAACCACGAGUUCAUCGCCACCUUCUUCAGGCAGCCCACAUUCUGCUCUGUGUGCAGAGAGUUCGUCUGGGGACUCAACAAGCAAGGCUACAAAUGCAGACAAUGCAACGCAGCCAUCCACAAGAAAUGUAUCGACAAAAUCAUUGGCAGAUGCACCGGCACUGCUGCCAACAGUCGGGACACUGUGUUCCAGAAGGAGCGCUUCAACAUCGACAUGCCGCAUCGCUUCAAGACCCACAACUACAUGAGUCCCACUUUCUGUGACCACUGUGGAAGCAUGCUGUGGGGUCUGGUCAAGCAGGGCCUGAAAUGCGAAGAUUGUUGCAUGAACGUUCACCACAAGUGUCAGGAUAAAGUGGCAAACCUUUGUGGCAUCAACCAGAAGCUUCUCGCUGAAGCGCUUACACAAGUCAGCCAGAAAUCUUUCACUCGCCGUUCUGAUCCAAACCUUCCAAAUCUGCCUGACAUUGGAAUCUACGAUGAGGUUAAUAAGCUGUCGGAACUGGACAUCAACGAUUCAAGUCACUAUAGCAGAAUAUGGGGUGGGUCCAGUCCUCAGCCUCAGACUCGCCUGACCCAUCUGACCCGCAUCAACGUGGACGACUUUGUCUUCCAGAAGGUCCUGGGGAAAGGCAGCUUUGGCAAGGUUCUCUUGGCAGAGCUGAAAGGUCAGGAAGAGUACUUUGCAGUGAAAGCUCUGAAGAAGGACGUGGUGCUGAUGGAUGACGACGUGGAGUGCACCAUGGUGGAGAAGAGAGUCUUGGCUCUCGCCUGGGAAAACCCUUUCCUCACACACCUUUACUCAACUUUCCAGACCAAGGAGCAUCUGUUCUUUGUGAUGGAGUACCUGAACGGAGGAGACCUCAUGUUUCACAUUCAGGAAAAAGGACGUUUUGAUGUCUGCAGAGCCACGUUUUACUCGGCUGAGAUCAUUUGUGGCCUUCAGUUCUUGCAUUCCAAAGGGAUCAUCUACAGGGACCUAAAGUUAGACAACGUGAUGCUGGAUCACGAAGGACACAUAAAAAUAGCUGACUUUGGCAUGUGCAAGGAGAACGUCUUCGGAGAGAACCGCGCCACCACCUUCUGUGGCACCCCUGACUACAUCGCCCCCGAGAUCCUGCUGGGCCAGAAAUAUUCUUUCUCCGUGGACUGGUGGUCGUUUGGCGUGCUGCUGUAUGAAAUGCUUGUCGGACAAUCCCCCUUCCACGGAGACGACGAGGAUGAGUUGUUUGAGUCCAUCCGCAUGGACACCCCCCACUAUCCCCGCUGGAUCAACAAGGAGGCCAAGGAGCUGCUGGAGCGGCUGUUUGAAAGAGACCCAACACGCAGGCUGGGCAUCAUGGGUAAUAUCCGCUUACACGCCUUCUUCAAGUCCAUCGACUGGCAGGCCUUGGAGAACAAAGAGGUGGAGCCACCCUUCAAGCCCAAAGUGCGAGCAGCCAAUGAUUGCAGCAACUUUGAUCGAGAGUUCCUGAGCGAGAAGCCUCGCCUGUCCUACAGUGACAAGAACUUCAUCGACUCCAUGGACCAGUCCGCAUUUGCCGGCUUUUCUUUCAUCAACCCCAAGAUGGAGCUCCUUUUAGAGAAGUAAAUCUCCGAUGAAUAGUGUUAGGGGCCACGUGCCUCGUCUUUAGGUACAAUUCACGUCUCUUGUCACAUGGUUCAACUUGCCAAUCAGCUGGUCCACCAGCAGCGUACGGUGACCUUACUGUAAGCACACGUGACUCGCCUUUGGGUACAAGUAGAUUGUUAGCGCAAUAACAGGAACCGGUACUGUAUAUAUCAACCUUAUUGCAUUUGUGUGCAUGCAUGUAAUACGUAAUAAUAUUAAUAAUAGGUGGUAGGCUGAAGAACUCCUACAUUACAUUUAAUGCAGGGGUGUCCAAAGUGUGAUUUGUUUAUUUUAAUAAAAUAUUCCAUCAAUUUCAAAAUGCUUUGAUUCCGCAACCUGCGGCUAUCUAGACCAGCAUCUAGAUAGCCAAUUUACAGGAAAAGGCAAAAACGCUACUGAGAGUAGUUGCAUACAUGUUUGGUUUUAUGCCUCUUCUACUCAUUUAGGCCCAAAUUAUUUCAUUUGUCAGCAUGUGGCCACUUGGUAGAAGGAGUUUGGACACACCAACCAGAGUUUGUCACUACUGCCAUCUUAUGUUGUUCUUGUGUAGUGCUCAGUUCAAACCAGCAAAUAAUGGAAAUCUUUCAAAUAAAUCAGUUCUUCAUGAAAUGUGCACACAGGGCAGAUCAACGAAAAAGGGAUUCUAUAUUUUACUGUUUUAUUUUUGUGCAAUUCCUUCCUUUGGCUGGAUGUUAGGGCGCUAAUAAAAGUAGCUGAUAUUGUGUAUAUAUAGAUAAAGUGUAUAUUGGUGUAACAUGUAUAUUGGUAGCUGUGGAUGUUUUUUUUUUUUUACGGUCUCCAUCUUUUGCAUGUAAUUAAAAAACAUCAAAUACUUCAA